GCCACUGCUGCCACUGCUACUCCUGACUCCUCGUUUUUUCCACCCGUGUGUUUCACUAUGGCGAAGGCAUAAACAAACACAGCAAAUCCCCAGUAACGGUGAACACGUCGCUCCACUUCAUGAGAGUCGGCCGGGCCGCGGCGCAGAGGGUGUGCUGUGGUCUGUUGGUGGUGCGGUCAGCGCUCUGAUGCUGUCGCUGACAACAGCGAUGAAAGUAGUUUGCGUGUCCUCGCUGAGCAGCUCAGUAGCAGCAGCAGCAGCCGGCGGUGAUACAGGCUAACCGAGCGGAGCUGUGACGGGUUUUUCCCCCCUUCUUUUUUCGUUUAAACGGCUGAAAAUGGGACGAAGAGAGCUUUAACCUCGCGAUAGCUCCCGUUUUGAUAUUUUUGCCACUCCGUGAGCUUCGUUCCGCUCCUGCUCUUCACUUCAGUGCGAGUUCAGCCGUCGUGAAAAAUGUUGACAGGAUCUAAAACCACGUUCAAAGUGAGACAAAUGCUCCCGGACAUCAAGGAGAGGAUGCUGAGUCAGACUGGGGUGAAUGCCAGGAGUCGAGAUAUGUUUGGGCUGCGCUGCCUACCAGGCGAGUGUGUACUUCAGAGAGCUGUUAUGGUGAGGAAGAAGUUGACGGGGAAGUUGAGGAGAGGCUGGCUGUCCGGGACCCUCUUCUGCACCCACUUCAGAGUGGCCUUUGUGCCCCAGGACAGCCCCAAACCUGACGACAAUGCAGAUCCAGUGCUUCUAGGAGAUCACGAUGUGGCUUUGGCAUCUAUAGAGAAGGUUGUUGUUGUGGGGCCGAACAGGACCAAGCUGGUGACGCCGAACUCCUCGCUGAAGUUCACUCCAGAGGAGCUGGUGCUUUACUGCAGGGACAUGCGAGUCAUCUGCUUCCUCUUUGACCGCCUCACUCCAGAAUCGCAGGUCCUAGAGAUGACCUACAGCAUCGCUAAGACCUACCAGCCGCCCAAACCAGGGUCUGUGCUAUCUUUCCAGAACGCUGCACUCGGCAGUGUAGAAAUGAAGCAGUUUCUAAGCAACCGCCGCCGAGACGCCCACAUGAACUGGUUUGAAUCUGCCUCGGACUGGGAGCAGGAGCUGGAGCGGUGCGGAGCCACAAGCUGGAGGGUCAGCACAGUCAACGACCGCUUUGAAAUGUCAACCAGCCUGCCUCGCUUCAUCGUGGUCCCACAGAAGGUUUUAGACACCGAGCUGAAGAAAAGCUUCGCCCACUUCAAUGAGGGACGCAUCCCUCGCUGGAGUUGGCGACAUCCCAGAGGCAGCGAUCUACUGCGAAUGGCCAGCUUCCAGAACAACAUCUACCACGAGAAGGAUGACAUCAGGAACCUGGAGAUGAUCCUGUUUGGUUGCCAGUCCUCAUUGUGUGUGGUGGUGGAGCUGGGCGAGGAGCUGCCCUCGCCGGCCGACAUCCAGCUGGCACACGGCCGCCUGCGGGCGCUUUGUCUGGGAGAUAUCUCUACAUCCGUGUCUGUGCCUGAUGACAAAUGGUUAUCUACCCUGGAAAGUACCCACUGGCUGGACUACACCAGGUCCUGUUUGAGGAAAGCUUCAGAGGUAGCCUGCUUGCUUCGCGGUGGGCACCUGACUGUGGCGCUUCAAGAGGUGGAGGACCGGGACAUGAGCUGCGUGGUGUCCAGCCUGGUGCAGGUGAUGUGCGACCCCCACUGUCGGACCCAGUAUGGUUUCCAGGGCUUGGUGCAGAAGGAGUGGGUGAUGGGGGGGCACCGCUUCUACAGCCGCAUCAACUAUCACCGUGACAACGACAAGGAGGAGGCUCCAGUCUUCCUGCUUUUCCUGGAUUGUGUUUGGCAGCUGUGGUCCCAGUAUCCCUCUCGCUUCCAGCUGACAGAAGACUUCCUGCUGGCGCUGCACGACAGCAUCCACCUGCCGCUCUUCUCCACCUUCCUAGCAAACUGCCAGCGAGAGAGAUGCAAACGCUCCCAGAACCUCGGGCAGUGCUACACACCUGUCAACGGCUGGAGAGACGUGCUGCAUCCCGAUUCUUCCGCAGAUCCGUCUGACCCGCCUCUGCCCCCGGUGUGGGACUGGUCCCUGCAGUACAGCAGGCACAGGCAAAGCCACUUCACCCAGCCUGUGCCCCCCACUCCUCCGCUCCAACCGCUGCUCAAUGGCAACCUCAACACCAACCCAGACACACACAGGCUGACCGACACCAUCCCGGGCUCAGUGUUUCUGCUCUCUCGAGGCGCCUUCUCCUGUCCCACUAACCUGCUUCCCUGGCGCAGCAGCAGCAGUUCAGGUGUUUACAAAAAGAGCCACCGGAGGGCGCUGUCCUCUGAGAACGUGCCUGGCCUGGAGAGGCUGCUGAAAGCUUGGGCUCUAGUUGAGUAUCCCCAGGCCCUCACGUCCACGUCUGGACCUCAAGGACCACUUGACCCCUAUGAGCCCUUACUGCCCCUCCUCAUGGGGCCCUGCAUGGGCCUGUGGAGGGAGUGCUACCUCCGCGGGGCGCUCCAUGCGCAGGCAUUCUCCCACCCUAUUUCUGCCAACCACCUCCACCCUGUGGAGAGGCUCGCCCAGGAGGUGCAGCAGCUCAAAGACAAGCUGGCACAAGCCUCCACCAGGAGAGAUCCUGCCCCGCCCUCCGUGACGGCCGAGCACCGGAGAGCCGACGCCAACCUGAACCAGAACACCAACAACGGCACCUUCCUCUUCCCGGCGUCGAGGCCUCAGAGCGCGGGCGCUCCCAGAGCGGCACCCCCGCCCAUCUCUGCCAACCACCACACCUCCAGGGGCGCUCCAUCCACCUCCGCCCCACCAUCCAGGCCUGCUCACAAAGACAUGGGUGGCAGCAGCAAGCACACAUUCCUGUUUGGGCACUCUGCUGUGAUUGAGGCGCACUCUGACCAGCGAUACUACUCAGCAUCCAAUAACACCAAGCUGCCUAAGAGCAACGGGCCCUCGCUCGCCUCCUGAGAUCUGGCCUUCCUCUCUCAGGUGUUCCGCCCCACGACCAGGUUACUACAACCACAUCACCAGUCUGCACAGCAUGAAACUGGCGUGUCCCUCACUGGGAUCAUGAACUGAGAGCAGACGUGUAAUAACGUGUUCAUAAGGUGAUUAUAAACAUGAGACAUUGUGACAGACCACAAUGAACUGCAGCCGAAUGAAAUGAUCAGUGCAAGAGCUCCUCCCUCUGCUACUUAUCACCUGUACUGUAUUAAAUAAUGUGACAGUUUUAUAUUUGAGAAAAUAUUGAAGCAAAGAGAGUGGUGGUUGAAGGUGUUUAGUAAUGAAGCACACUUUGCAGAAUCUGAAUAUGCAGCAGAAAAUAAGGAGACGGAAAGCUCGUAGUUUCUAUUUUUACCAUCUUAU